AUGUUAGAUCGAUAUGCAGAACUUCUUGAAAAUCGAUUAAGUCUUCGUUUUAUGGCUCGAUUGUCAUUCACUGAUCAAAUGCGUGCUCAACGAGAAUAUAAUCUAGUUAAAUCAAUUCAACGAAAAUUAGGAAAAGGACAACUUAUUUUACGUGUAUGUGACAAAAGUGGUGGUUUACAUCUAAGUACAAAAAGUGAUUAUGAAUGA